CUAGGUUAUGUUACAUAUUGUAUGAUAUGCCUAUUACAGGAGUAGAUUGGUGUGUUGACUGUGUUGAUGUAUAACAGGUUGUUAUGUUGAAUCAGACGUUGUAAACAGUAUUUGUAUGAAGUAGAUUUUAUUUAUUUUUAAGGCACUGGUGGUAUAAUACACUAACAAGUUUAUAAUAGUGUAUUAUUAUGGAUAUCAUUAUUUACUAGGCAGAUUAUUGAAAUCUACCUAAUCAGAAGAUUACAAAUGAGAUCGUCUGUAAGUGUGAUUCUGUCCAGUCCUACGCCGGAUACAAAUAUGUCUCACCCUGACUAUGAUCAAAACGCUCAUGAUCAUGCAACGUUGUUGGUUCUCGUCAAGCAAAUCGGUGAAGAAGUAACUGCAAAGACUUAUAAUAAGAUUUAUGAAAGAAUUGCCAAAGUGACGAAUUUGAAUAUAAUCGACAGUAUUGGUUUUGAAAGAAAUAUAAAGUUAAAGUACGUAAAAGACUACUUGGUUGGCAACAAUGACUGGGGUGAUUUCCAGACUCAUCGCAGGCUUUUUGGACUUGUCACCAUUGGGAAAUGCAGCACACAGGUAGAGCUGAACGAAGUGUGUAGAGUGCAUGAAAGCUUGAAAGUGAAGUACACAAGUACUCUGUACGACUCAAGAUGCAUUAUAAUUGGGGUCAACGAUGGCCCCAACACUCCAUCUUUCCCAACCCCUUCGAACUUCAAGAGUAGAGCAAUAUUUUGUGCAUCUGACGGGGAACUUGACGUACUUGAUUCAGAGAUCUUAGAGUUCCUAUCUACUCUUUUCUGGGUGCUUGAAUCCAAGCGCCAUGAAAGAUGUAGAGAGAAGAUAGACAAAGUUUCACUACUACUGGCACCGUUCGAGAGGAGAGACUUUGUCGGCCUGGAUAUGGAGUCUCGGAGUAACCGCAAGAGAAGCCUCGGCCGCAUGACCAAACAUCUCGGGGACCUGUGUCUGCAGGCAGGCUUGACGGCUGAUGCUCUAACUCACUAUCAGACUGCCAGUGACAUACUGCGCAGCAUUAAUGACUGGCUUUGGCUCGCUGGGGCACUGGAAGGCCAGUGUGCAGCCUCGGCCAUUAUUCACUACCCCAAUAUGUGUAGAUCCUCCCCAGUCAAGAAGAACUCCUCUCUACCUGAGACCCAGCCUAGAUCUAGUCAAGAUGGCAGGACAUCAAAGGAUGUGGAUACCUGUGUUUCAGAAACAAAACGUGUAACAAAUUUAUUAACACCUGACGAUAUUAUUAGAUAUUAUAGAGAAGCAAUCGUUCAUUACAGCAAGUAUCAGAACGCAAAUGUGAUCGAAACAGAAGCGUGCUACAAAGCUGCCAAGCUGGCCAUCCAGCAACACGCCUACCUGCAAGCUGCCAACUUCCUCCACAGUGUCAUUCUCAUCAACCUCGCGUUAAAUGAAGAGGAGAAGAUAGAGCGGCUGAUGAGUCUCUCUGAACUGUACACAAAGAUAGGGUUCCAGCGCAAAGCCUCGUUCUACCGCCGGCUAGCCGCAACUCGCUUCGUGUCUGCUCGGAACCCCCAGACCAACUGGCAACAGUGCUACAAUCUCAUGCUGCAGGCAUUGUCGGGCCACAAGCUGUCUCUGGACCCUGCAGACCACUCUCCUGAUAAACUAGAAGGGUGGCCUGGGCUGCAGAAACAAGUGCUGCAGGAUCUCGUGCUGGCAGCAACACGUGUGGGUCAGUCAGCAGUUGCCACACGACACAUGACGUUCCUGCUGCAGGUGAUGUGGGGACAGCUGACAGCAGCCGAGCGCCACGAGAGUGCGCUGCAGCUACAGUCGUUGGCCGCGCAGUGCGAGGGGGCUCCUGUGCCUCUGGUGCUCGAUUCAGGACUCGUCAUACCACCAGUCAAUCUGGUCAUGGUGCCGACCACAGAAAGCUUUGUUGUACAAAAUCUGAAAUCACAUUUGCGACCUGUAAAGCUAGAAAAGACGAAAGAGAAUUUUGGACCAUUUCUUUUUACCCCAAUUAACUUUGGUUCACUUGAAAGAAAAUCUAAUAAAGCCAGCAACAAAAUAGAUUACUUGUGGGUAGCGGAGGAGUUGUGCGAAGUGAAACUUGAACUGAGCAAUCCUUUCCCCUUUGAGCUGGAAGUGUCUAACAUGAGGCUGCUGACCAGUGGUGCUGUGUUCGAGAGUUUGCCACUGACCCUGACUCUGCCUCCCGACGCCACCAAUGUCGGGGUCACUCUAUCUGGCACUUCCAAGGAAGUGGGUCAACUAGAAAUUACAGGAUACUCAACACAUACUUUAGGAGUAAAAAGCAACUGUCGACUGAAAAACAUACCUAAGAUAGGAGAAUCCAUGUUUUCAGUCGAAGUUAUACCAGCCCUGCCGUUAUUACAGGUUAGUUCCCCACUGCCUACCAAGACUAAUAAUGGAGCCAGCAUUUCUCUCUACGCUGGAGAAAGCGUGGACUCUAGCCUAUUGCUGGAAAAUGUCGGUCAGUUGCCGAUACAGUGGGUGGAGGUGUCGGUGGAGUGUCUACAAGACUCUGAACAGGUGCUAAGGUGGGAUCUGGAGCCAUUAUUAGCACAACUACCUUUACAACCAGGUGCUGCCACUACUCUCCCCCUGCAUUUCUUUGGAGCUGCUAGCUUCUUGUCAUCUUCUAAUCCAGAUACAGCCAGUGUCAAGAGUAGUAUAUUCUCUGCUCCGAGUUCUUUCCUGUCCUCUACCAGCAAUCGGCCUGGGUUUCCUGAUCGCUUCUUGGCUAAAUCAACAACAUCUUCCUUCAAGUCUGGUGGAAGCAGCUUGAAUUCUUUUGGUUCGCAGUUUAGCAAGCUGUGUUUAGAAAACUCACCAAAGGCCCUGCAGUGUCAACUGAAAGUCCGCUACUCCAGUGAUCCGGGAAUGGCAGCCGGCUUCUGCCGUGUCGCCACAUUUCUGUUUUCUAUUGAAAUAAACUGCUCCGUCUUCGUUACGAACUGGGAUGUGAUCCCUGCAGAAACGAGUAGCCAGUUCUAUUUGGUGUUAGAUAUAGCGAACAUGACAAGCCAAGAAUUGGAACUUAAAUAUGGCACAAAUAAGAGUCUAUUGAUGGAAGAAAAUGAAUCUUGCCGCAUCCCAAUUCCAGUUGAACGAUGUCCUCUCACCAAAAUCGGGAAGCUAUUUAAAACGGGAGAAAGUGUGAGUGAUUUAAUGGAGCUGAACAAGUCAUGCAGCAGUCAUAUCGCUGCUCUAGUGGACUUGGAGUGGAGCCUGGUAGCUGGCAGUCGGUGUGGCAAAGCCUCUCUGCACGGCAUCACUCUGUCUCUCAGCAUGCUGGACAUUGUGCGCAUGUCCCCCAUCAGUUGGGAAGUGUCCGUGAAUGGGAGCCUGAUCGAGCCUCACGAAGAACUCAACAGCCAGGUCGGACAGAGUUUACUGUUAGGUUUCAAUAUUCUGAAUUCCCUGUCAUGGCCAUUGCACGACCUUGAGCUCAAAAUUCAGUUUUUUCAAGACCACCAGAAUGGCAUCACCAGCUACCAGCUGGACACUCGUGUCGCUUGCUCGGGUGCUACGUGUGUGCAGCUAGAGGAGGUGGCAGAGUUUGGAAGUGCCUACCACGAAUGUGUUGUAGUGUUCCUAACUCCAGGACAAUACAAAGUCAACAUUCAGUGCACAUCAAAAGAAAAACAUAUAUGGAAACUCAUUCCUCACUUGGUUAUUCAAGUUUCCAAGCCAUAAGCAAUUAAACUCUGGACCUCGUCUGUAGAUGACAAUGUUUAAAUGGUUCAUAAAUUGAAGAGCUAGAAAAGACUUGGAUACAAGGAUGGCCUACAGCAUUAUUUUUCUAUGUAUUAUAUUGUUAUAGUUUAGUAUUUUAUUUUUUUGUUAUUCAAAUGUUUUUAUAAAUAAAUAUUGAGGAGGUCUAUGUCAAAAUGAGGAGAUGAAUAUUCAAAUGCCAUUUUGAAGAAUAGUACUUGUUAAAGUACAGGGUUUGUACCUAAAACCAAGGUAUAAUAGUUUUAAAAUUAGUAAUAUUAAAUCAGUACAUUUUAUAUCAAAAUAAACAAAAGUAUUAAGUAACUUGAGAAAUUGUAAAAAACAAGGUAAAGUAAAAAACCCUUGCACACAUCCUUUUUAAGACGUGGUGUUAGCUAUGAAUUUGUACACCCUUUUUGCAUAGACAGGUAACUAUAGUGUACAUAAUUUGUUUGUAAACUGAAAAAGCAUAAAAAUAUGUUAUUGUGCUUUUAAAGAACACAUGAGGAAUAAUCAAUUCUUCGUCAGAAGUUUGUUUUUUACAAUGGAAGGAUUGUGAAGCAAACAGGAUUUUCCAGACAUUUGCCAUUGUUCUGUGAUACAAAAAAUUAGUAACUCUUUUUAUACCAAAAAAUAAGUAAAACUAUUUUCAAAAUCUGAAACCUAAUUUCCUCCUCAGAUGAAUAACUAACACAUAACACUAUAAUCUAGGUUAAAAUUUAAAAAAAUAAUACCAAAGCGUUGUGAUACGCAUAAGUCAGGAAUGAUAACAACCACGAUGGUGUUAACUCCAUGCACACUAACUCUAAAACAUGCACUAAAUAAACACCCAAAUGGCAAACGUCCGGAAAAAUCCUGUUUCUUUCAUAAUAAUCAAUAUAUUUAUUUACAUCUUCUUUGUCAAUUCUUUACUUACAUUGAACAUGUUGAGUGUGUAACCAAACUCAAAAUUAAUUUACAUUGAAAUAACAGUGUAGAACAAUUAAUUUGAAAACCAAACUACUGCCAAGGGUUGAUUUUGGUUCAAGUCAAUUGAAAUGUCUUUUAGUUUGACUUGUACAAAAGGAAUGUAUGAACUAAAGUAAGUGGUCACAGUUGCAAGUCUGCCUGAAAAUGGAAAACCUUUUUGAUCCUGUGGCUUUGCAGACAUCACUGUUUUAAGUUGUGUGACUACUUUUAGGUGACUGUAGUGGUAUGAUUUAUAAUAAAUGGAGUAGAAUACUUGUGAUAAUUCACUGAUGUUCACUAACGCUUGAAAUCCCAUAUGUAACAUCAUCAAACUCAAUGUCGCAUAUAUAAAAAUAAAGCUUCGCUGACACUUAGCCAAUAAAUAAGAACAUACACUCAAUGAUACUAAAUGUGAUUACAACCAAAACAAAACAUUACCUUAUUCAAUGUAGCAUGCCAUUUUCAAAGAUAUUCAAAUGAAAUUUUGCAUAAAUGUACACAAAAACAGUAAAAUGUAAUCUGUCAUCUCUCUAAUAAAGGUGAAUGCUAGUAUAUGCUUUUUUACAUAGGCCUUCUCAAUUAUGAAGUUUAUACAUUAAAUUUUGUUUUUUAAAA